GACGCCCGGCUGUACGAGGACUGGAAGUGGUUCCGCUGCCCCACGCUGCUGGAGGUGCUGCAGGAGUUCCCCUCGGUGGGGCUGCCGGCCCCCCUGCUGCUCACCCAGCUGCCGCUGCUGCAGCCGCGCUACUACUCCAUCAGCUCCGCGCCCGGCCCCUACCCCGGGCAGAUCCACCUCACCGUGGCCGUCGUCACCUACCACAGCGAGAACGGCCAGGGCCCGCUGCACCACGGCGUCUGCUCCACGUGGCUGGCGCGGCUGCAGCCCGGGGACACGGUGCCCGCCUUCAUCCGUGGCGCCCCCUCGUUCCGGCUGCCCCCCGCGGCGGACGCCCCCUGCAUCCUGGUGGGACCCGGUACCGGCGUGGCGCCCUUCCGCAGCUUCUGGCAGCACCGCCUGCACCAGCUGCACGACGGAGGCGGCCCCCUGGGCAGCAUGGUGCUGGUGUUCGGGUGCCGCUCGUCCGCGCUGGACCACAUCUACCGGCAGGAGAUGGAGGAGGCGCGGGAGAGGGGGGCCCUCAGCCAGGUCCUCACCGCCUUCUCCCGUGAGCCCGACACCCCCAAGGCCUACGUGCAGGACGUGCUGCGGACGCAGCUGGCGGAGGAGGUGCACCGGGUGCUGUGCCAGUGCGCCGGGCACAUGUACGUGUGCGGGGACGUGACGAUGGCCACCGAGGUGCUGCAGACCGUGCAGCACAUCCUGGUGCAGCGGGCCGGCAUGACGCUGGGGCAGGCGGGGGACUUCAUCAGCGAGCUGCGGGACAAGAACCGGUACCACGAGGACAUCUUCGGCCUCACCUUCCGCACGCAGGAGGUGGCGUUCCGCAUCCGCAGCCAGUCCUUCUCCAUGCAGGAGCGCCGGCACCCCCGCCCGGCCCCCUGAGCGCACGGGGGACACCCCCGUGCCCCCCCACACUGCUGCCCCCCCGCUGCAGGCAGCGCCCGCCCCCCGGUAAAGGUUUAGUUUUUGAUAACCCC